AUGGAAGAAGUGAAAAAGACAGCACCCGGUAUGCAGCGCUCCUGGGUGAUGUUUUGGGGAGCUUUACUCUUCAACUACAGGCUGGCGGACGCCAAGGAGCACGACCCUCGGUCGUCGUCGAACAUGUCUCCGUCCGACUUUCUGGACUCGCUCAUGGGUCGAACGUCAGGCUACGACGCGCGAAUACGACCCAAUUUUAAAGGUCCGCCUGUUAACGUUACCUGCAACAUAUUUAUCAACAGCUUUGGUUCUAUAGCUGAAACUACCAUGGAUUACAGAGUGAAUAUCUUCCUGCGGCAGACGUGGAAUGACCCCCGGUUGGCGUACAGCAAAUACCCAGACUCCUCUCUGGACCUGGACCCUUCCAUGCUGGACUCCAUUUGGAAGCCUGACCUCUUCUUCGCCAACGAGAAGGGCGCUAAUUUCCACGAUGUCACGACGGACAACAAGCUUUUGAGGAUUUUCAAGGAUGGGAAUGUCCUCUACAGUAUCAGGUUGACCCUUAUCCUCUCCUGCCCGAUGGAUCUGAAAAACUUCCCAAUGGAUGUCCAAACGUGUACAAUGCAACUUGAGAGUUUCGGCUACACCAUGAACGACCUGAUCUUUGAGUGGCUGGAGAAAGGUGCCGUGCAAGUGUCAGAUGGUCUGACACUGCCUCAGUUCAUCAUGAAGGAAGAGAAGGAGCUGGGCUACUGUACCAAACACUACAAUACCGGCAAAUUCACCUGCAUUGAGGUGAAAUUCCAUCUGGAGCGUCAGAUGGGGUACUACCUGAUUCAGAUGUACAUCCCCUCCCUCCUCAUUGUCAUCCUCUCAUGGGUGUCCUUUUGGAUCAACAUGGAUGCCGCCCCUGCCCGAGUGGCACUGGGUAUCACCACUGUGCUCACCAUGACCACGCAAAGCUCUGGCUCUAGAGCUUCUCUUCCAAAGGUCUCCUAUGUGAAAGCCAUUGAUAUCUGGAUGGCGGUGUGUCUGCUCUUUGUAUUUGCGGCAUUACUCGAAUACGCUGGGGUUAAUUUCGUCUCCAGGCAACAGAAGGAGUUUCUCCGCUUGAGGCGAAGACAAAGGAAGAAUCACAAGGAUGAAGACAUGCGUGACGGCCGCUUUAAUUUUACUGGCUAUAACAUGAACCAGUGUCUGCCAACGAAGGACAGCUCAGCUGUUAAGAACGCCGCUCUAGCCCAGAACCCUCAGCCGCCGGUCCCCAAAGACUCGGAAAACAUGAAGAAGAAAUUUGUGGACCGCGCCAAGAGGAUAGACACGAUUUCUCGCGCUGCCUUUCCUCUGGCCUUUCUCAUCUUUAAUGUCUUUUACUGGAUCACCUACAAGAUCAUCAGGCACGAGGACAUCGAGAAAAAGUAA